AUGUGCCAUUUCACCUUCUUUUUACUUCUUUUAAUUGCCUAUCAAUCCCCUAAAAAUGCCUCUGAAAUUGACAAGCUUAACAAGGAUCUCCAGUCUCAUAAUGCCUCCAAGAAGUCUCUUGAUACACUGCAGAAGCUUUGUGGAUAUGCUAACAAAAUUCCAUCUUCACAAAAUAAUCCACGUGAUUUACUUGAUAAGUUGUGCACAGGUAUCCAAACAUUCUUAGGGUACGAUAAUAAAUCCAACGGCUACACCGGCUCCGGCAUCGUGUACUCAGACCUUGACAGGCUGUGCGACGGGGUGGUGGCGUUUUUGCACGGGGUGUUGGAGAGUGUUAAGGGUGAUGACAGUGUUGAAAAGUAUGAUGUUAAUGAACAUUUCAAGACACUUCCUGCUGUUUUGAAGCGUAAAAUGUAUUCUGGUUCCAGGGAUUUUGAGCAUGCCAUUCAAGCAGUUGCAGAAUCUGCCAAGAGGUGGAAUGAGGAAUUAGAAAAAAAAGUUGGAAAUUUUAAAAAUGUUCUCAAUGAUAUUCAAACAAGGAAUUUUGAUUAUAUCAAUGACUCUCUAAAGAAACUCAAUAAUAUAUAUGGCGAUUCUCUGCGUUAUGUUCCUGACUUGUUACAGGCAUGCUGCGAUGAGGCAAAAAAUCUUCAUGACGUUCUCAUGUUGGGAGGAAGAUAUUACAAUGAUCUUGACCGUUCACUUAAAAAUAAGUUGAAAGAUAGUGUUAGUAAAAUUGAAGUAGAGGUGGAGAAGUUUGUGGCGGCGGCGCGGAAUGAGGAGUUGCGCAACCUGUUGGUGUUCAUUCAGGGUCAAAUUAAUCAGUUGGGAGACAAUGUAAAUGAACGUGUUAAAGGUCGCCUAGAGCAGAUGGCGGGCGAUGUUAAUGUUAAAUUUGAAGCACAAAUUCACCAACCUACUAUUGCGGUUAAUAGUGCUUUGACCACUGCUAAAACAAAUUUGGAUACUUGGAUAGAGAAAAGCAAGCAAGCUGUAAAUACGGCGAUAGAGAAGGUAGCUAAAAUAAUGAAAAUUCUUGAAGGUCAGAAUGGAGAUCGGGAUAAAACUGCGGAGAAAGAGAAUGUUACAAAUGCCGCCAAGAAACUACAGGAAGAUGCUAAUAAGCUGUGGAUGGCUGUCACAUCUGCGAAGGAUGGGCUUAACGGUUUGAGUGAAAGUAUUAAAUCGGCGGUUAGAACGUUUGAAGGUGUGUAUAAAAGCAAAAUAAAAGAGGUCGCUAAAAAGGUGCAUGGGGGUGUUCAAAGUGCGCUGGGUAAGCUUGAAAAUCUGCAUAGAGAGGUUAAAGCAGGGUUGACGGCUUUGGAAACAAAUAAGAUUAAUCCAGCAAUCGGAAAGGUGAUUAAGGAUUUGGAAGCAGCGGUUAGGAAUGCUGGGGAAGCCGUGUCUCCUACGUCUAGUAGUGGAGAUGCCACCUACAUUGUUGAUGCGUUUAAUGGCGACAAAAAUGGUGGGGGGGGUAAAAUUUUAGAACAUGCCCCAUCUUUGGCGGCGUGGGCUGGGAAGGGAAGCAGUAACGGACUUAAAAAUGCCAUAAAUAAGCUACACAGAGCUGGGGACAGCGAUGAUUUCGAAGCGUUUCAAAAUUUCUUAAAGGAAAUUAGUGAAAACCAUGGUUCAGCAAAUUUCUUCACUCCUCUCAUCGCCGACCUUAAAAAGCAAGUUACGGCAGCUAUGCAGGAGUUAAUAAAUGGUGGAUCAUUUGCUGCAGUUUUUACCACCUUUCAUUACCAGACCACCACGAAUAGUAAUGGAACUCUUAAGAAGGAUAUUGAAGAUAUAAGGGAAGACUUGACUGCUGGCAUUACGCCAAUAGGUCUAACACAGCCAGGUGAAUACAAGGUCAACCCUGCGGAGUUCACGAGUUAUAACUCCGAGCACACUGCACUUCAGGAGAAGAUAAAUGAGAUAGAGACUAAGGGCUUAGAUCAUUUGACAAAUGCCAAGGACACCAGUUCUACACCGAAAGCCUUCUCUAAUACUACAUUUACAAAUCAAUUCGGUCAAUUCGAGAUUAGACUUAAUGAAUUCACCGCAGCUGUUAAGGAACUUGUUAAAAAAGAUUUGCCGGAAAAAGACAAAGAUUCUGUAAGUGCAUACUUGGGGGACUUGCAGAAUAUGAUCUCAUAUCAUGGUGAAAACGAAUAUAAACUUACAUCCGAUGUAGAUGGCUCUGUCCACAGCCUCACCAAGAUCAAAGAAGACAUAAUUGCGAUCCUUGGGAUUGACAAACGUAACAGCAAUCCAACGGGCAACGUGGCAGAUAUACUUGAAAAAGCAACCAAUUUUUACGAUGAAGUAAUUAAAAAACAAGCGGUAGAAGUCAUAGAUUUCAUAAAACAGUUAAUCACCCAAGAAGUGGAAGAUAAAACUAAAGAGAUUCAAGACAGCGCGAAAAGACAGUAUCACGACAAAAUUAAUAAAAUGCUUGCAGCGAUGAAGAAGGCCGUUAAUAGCAAUGUUUCCAUAAUUAAAAGCAAAAUAGAUGGUAAUUUAAAUGCAGGAAUCAAAGGUUUACUAAGGAAUAUGAAUGACUGGUUGAAAGAAGGCAUCAAUAUUGAUCCACUUAAAACGCCAGGACAAAUUAACGAUAUGAUGUCCCUUGCCUCCAAGAUUUCACCGUUCUUCGACAAAAUCGUGGCAUACGCCAAGGACCAAUUGAGAGAGCAGGCUGAAAUCCACAGUCAUGUUAAAUUGCUGUUCUGGGUAUUGAGGAAUUUAUUCACUGGACUCAUCGAGCAUUCCCAUUUCUCCAACGAAGUUUCCCACAGGCUCGCCACGCUAUCCGAAAAAGUCUCCAACCUCCAACCCCUAGCGCUCCCGGACGCAGGACGGCCCGUACUCGGGGCGCUGAAAGACGGACUGCAGGGAUUUGUAAAAGAGUUGCAGAAGCAGUACGUCAGCAGGUAUUCGCUGCAGGAGUGGAAGCCGGAGGACGAAGGGAAGUAUGCGAAGGUGUGCUUGACGAUUAUGGAGGGGCUGCAAAAAGAUAUGUAUGAUUUGCAAAAUGAAUGUAAAUCCGGUGGUAAGAAUAAAUGGCAUGAAAAGAAAAUGUGUUUGAUUGAGCAGGAUAAGAAAACUCAGCAAGUUCCCAAUGACCUCGGCCACUGGUUCCAGAACCGUGGCUUCAGGGUGCCGAAAGACAAGGACAACCAAAAUGGAGAGUUGAACAAAGAGCGAAACGGUGAAUAUAUUUUUGGCAAGAUCACGGAGAAUAUUGCCGCCGCGCACAGCAUUCCAGUCCUCAAAACGUGGAAGAUUGAGAAAUAUAAAAUUGCUAGUGAUAGGCAGAACAACAUUGAAAUCUCUCUCUUCGACAUUGCCGAUUUUCUUCGCGAUGUUUUCCGAAAGUACUAUGCAGUAUGCCAACAUGAGCAUAUCCUUUCACCUAAAGCACCGUCCAACAUCUAUCAUAUGUUACAAUGGCUCGCCGGUCUGCGGUGGAAUCACAUGUAUGACAAACUCAGUGAGCAUUUCAAGGAGCUGUUCGAGAAGCCGAAGGAUAAGAAAGAAAAGUUGUACAAAGAAUUGUCCGAUACAGAUCUUAGCUUAGUUGGAACGUCACCAAUUGACUCCGCUGGCACGACAACAAUCACACCUAAGGAGCUAAAAGGGACGCUCGAACAGGUUUGUUUAUAUUCACGGAAGGUUCUCAUCACCUUCCUAGGCCACGGCCACGCCGAUGGUAUCUACGCCGUUGACUUUAGCUGUAACUCAGAUAAUUUAAUGUAUCCCACUAGCGCUGCAUCAUGUUUAGAUAUGCUUGAAGAUAUAUUAAAUAGAGUAUUUUAUAAACUUAAUUUCUUAUGGGCGCAGUGUCGCAACGGCCCUAAGAGCGGUGGUUGGCAAGAGUGUUGGUAUGGUCGCCACAUCGGCGGCUCUUCAUUCCAGUGCAAUGAUGUGCAAUGUCAUAACCAAGCGUGCAAGCUAAACGCUAACCAAGGUGCUACCCAAAAUGCCAACCAAAUAUGUAACCAACACCCUAUCUGCGGUGUCAAGUCACCGUUACAAUCCUUCUUAGAGGACGGUUUGUCAGGGUUCCUGCCACAUUCCUUUAAGACGCCCGGUUGCAAGCUGGAAUGUACUCUGAGUAAUCACAGAGGUAUCCCGUGUCAAACACCAAUGGGCUUUACCGAUAUUAGCAAUGUAGCUUCACGCACGCAGAAAGGUGAAGAUCUCAGGGCAGAACUUGCCUAUUUCUGCGGCACAGGUUCAAACCUCAAUAAGUUGUGUUCUUACCUCUCGUUCCUCCUUCGCCGACCACCGCAGACGCUUGGCGAUAUGUUUGCCUUUUACCACCAGUUCCUUAAGAACUGGACUGCGAUAAAUAUUAAGCUGCACAAGCAUGAUGCUUUUAUUGAAGCAGUCGAGAAAGCCAAUUUCGGACAAACGUACACAGACUUACACCCAACUUCCAUCCAAGUUAGCAAGACCCACUCCGACAAACAUGACAAAGGAGACCUUUUCAGUCUCACAGAUUGUUAUCAUAAGACUAAUUCGGGCCUGCCAUGUGGCAAAUAUUUGCAGCCCCUCUAUCUAGAUAUUCGCGAUACAUUUUCUGAAAAGCACACUGCCAACUAUCUUUCAUGGAUCGUAUACCUGACGGAAACGUUCUACGAUUUACUUAAGAAAUUAUACGAUGACUGCUGUAGUAACUGCAACAACCCGGGCAGCCGAUGCUACGAUAAAUGCUGUUCUAAGGACUGCAAAGUGAAAUCAGCUUACGAUGCUGAAAAUUCUUCCGAGACACUCAAGAAUGCCUAUCACGAAAAACAAUGUCACUCCAUUGUGAAAUGCCCGAAUAUGCAUCCUACGCUUCAUAAAUUCGGUUUUACGUUCUGGAGUGCUAAUAAACUAAGCGGACAAGAUAAGGAAGCGAGGCAGAAAAGAACGUGCAAAGAUUUCUGCCAGGCAUUGAAAAGAGUAAUAGGUAAAAAUUGCGUUCUUGUUGACCUUAUCCAUGAUAUAACAAAUUCAUCUGGAAGAUAA